CCCAUCAAGAGUGAACAGAGAGAUAUGGAGAAAGAAAUAGAUACCCAGACAGAGAUGGCUACUGUUUUUGAACAUACACGAGUGCCCUAUGAAAGUGCCUUGCAAGAUGACGCCCCAUCCCUGAAGAACUUCUACAGCUGCAGACCUGAUGAUACACUGUUCAUGCCAAUCACGGCAGGUAAAGAUACCGUGUUCCACAUUGCAGCUUACAGAGGGAGCGAGGAACUGCUUCGGGUUCUGCUUGAAAUGGUGCCGCCCUCCAGGAAACGUGAUGUGUUGAAGUUGAAGAACAUUCAUGGGAACACAAUCCUGCAUGAGGUGGCCGUCUCUGGGAAAGUGAAAGCAGCAGAUUUCUUGGUCACAACACUGCUGUUGCCUCACGGGUCGAGCACUGUCCAUGAGAAAGAUAUCCGCGAACGGGAAGAGAUAUUAGCAGAUCGAAACAAUUUAGGCGAAACCCCUCUGUAUAGGGCUGCAGCGUUUGGAAGCGCAAAGAUGGUUAUGUAUCUGGCAAAAGAAAUUGAAGAAGUUGGAACUCUUCAUGAUCACUUCAAAAGAAACGAUGGAAUCUCCAUUCUUCAUAUUGCUGUCAUCUACCAAAACUUUGAUUCAGCUAUAUGGUUACUGAACAAAGAUCCAAACCUAGCAAGUUACAAGAUGGAGAAGGAUGGGAACACAUGUCUUCACCUGCUCGCCAGCAUGCCAACUGCUUUCAGGAGUACUUCUCGCAAGAACAUAUUCGCAGAAUUCCUCUAUGAUCGCCUCCCGGACAGUUUAGGCGAUGACGAUGAUGAUGAUGAUGAUAAAUUUAAUCCAUUAAUUUCAUCAAUUCGGACCCAAGAUUUGGAACGCGGCCGCGGCCAGCCAAGCAAAAUCAGUGAUACAAGUUUCAGGAUGAGAAUGUACCGCCGUUUAUGGAGAUGUCUCGCUAAGGGAUGGAAAACCAUUGAGAAGCUAUGGACCAAAAAGAAAAUGAAUACAUCAGCGGUUAAAUUGAUGGGGAUGCUGGUGAGGAGGGAUGCUUCGUGGUUGGUGCCCCAUGAAGCAGAGGAGGACAACUUGAUUUGCUUAGACAGAGAGGAAGAAGACAUGGAGGCAGCUCCUUCAGCAAAGAGGAGAAGUCGAUUACCUGAUACCCCGCUGCUUACAGCAGCUAGGACAGGGAUCCAGGAGAUUGUUAAGGAGAUACUUGAGGUGUACCCGCAAGCAGUGGAGCACGUUAACCAAAAUGGACAGAACAUAUUGCAUCUUGCCAUCCUGCACCGUCAUAGCCACAUCUUUGAUCUUGUGAAUCAGAGGAAAGAGGCGAGCCACAGGUUGGUUUUGGGGAUUGACAAUUAUGGCUGCACCAUAUUGCAUUAUACUGCUGUGAUGGAAUAUUAUACUGGAGGAACCAGCACCACUGUCGCUCUCAAACUGCAAGAGGAGUUGAAAUGGUUCAAGGAUGUGCAACAUAGAAUUCCCCUAUAUUAUACCAUGCACCGCAACAAGGAGAAUCUCACUGCAAAGGAGUCGUUCAACAAGAAGCACGAAGACCAACAUAAAGCUGCACAAGAAUGGGUGAAGAACACCUCUCAGUCUUGCUCGACUGUUGCAGUCCUUGUUGCUACUGUUGUCUUCGCAGCAGCAUACACCGCACCAGGAGGUUACCUUACAAACGGCAAACCCCUUCUCCUCGAAAGACCUCUCUAUUCUUUCUUCACUGUCAUGGACGUUGCAGGCCUGGCAAGCUCCUUGACCUCAGUGGUGGUCUUUCUUUCCGUCCUCACAUCUUCCCUUGAGAUCGAUGAUUUUCUUCGGACUCUCCCUCGAAAGCUAAUGCUUGGCUUCAUCUUUCUCUUCUUCUCCGUGACGGCGACCAUGCUCUCGUUCACAGCUACAAUUUUGCUCCUUAUUCAUUUAGAGAAAAAGUGGACUGCAACUCUCACGUAUGCUGCUGCAUUCCUUCCUAUCUGUGUGUUUGCGAUGUUUCAGUUCCCUCUUUAUUAUGAGUACACCGUCGCUGCUAUCAGAAGCAUUGUUGACUUCAUACAGGCGAUUCUACCUGGGAACUGGGAUUUAGACCGGUUUAGGCCUAAUUAAUUAAGAUUGAUUAAGAUUAUUUUUUGCUGCUUGUUACCCUUGUAUUUUGUGUGUAAACCAUCAAAACUUUGUUAAUUUCUCUGCAAGUUUGUCUGGUGCGUAGCACAUGAGGAAUCAAUGUACUUAUCUGGCUUGAUUUAUCAUUCAGAAACAAGCAGUCAAAACCAAUGUUCUUUCUUUAUAA